AUGUCAGUCGACAGGCUCUUGACAGCAGCCUUGCGCGCAUAUCAGGAGCCGCCGAACGCUACAGAGACCAACAAGAUAUUUGCGACGACUACGACCCUGCUCUCCAACUUGAAUAACCCGCUGAAUAUCUCGCUUCUGACUUCACAUGUCCUGACUGCGCGCUCGAUAUGGGAAGCACCGGACGGGUUGAGAACUUGUCUUCGCAUAAUAAGUAUAUACAACACGGGAGCAAAGCACAUCAUCCAGAAUGAGCAGGACAAUGCAAAAUUAGCCUGGGGUCAGCAGCCAGUGGGAAGCGGGUUGCGACCCGAAGCAUGGGCGCGUGCUGUUGCAAAGGGUGCGGAUGAGCGAUCAAGUAGGUGGAAACAUCUCCUGGUCCUCACUGGCAUGCUGCUUGGAAUGGAAAGCGACGAAAGGCGGACACUUUCAUCUGGCCUGCGGUCGACCCUGGAGCAAGCCGUGGUGGCAGCAGCCAACUUUGCACUGGAAGACCCUCCACAGACGCAAGCAUAUGGGGCGAACGCCGUCAUACUGGCAUUGACAUAUGCCUUCCCGAUAUUGUCAGACUGGAAUAAGCGGUCGCUCAACUGCAAUCUAGUAUUGCCGGCUGCAAUAAACGCGAUGAUCCACGUAGAGGGCUUUCAGGAGGGAGAGUUUCUACGCACUAUCUCAGCUGGCAGUGUUGCAGGUCAUGAAGCAUUCUACAGAGCGUCGCCAGACUCUUUCGCUCAUGUGCUUCAAGUCUCAACACAACCUUUGGUUCAGAAUAUGGGCCCUCUAUCACGAGUAGUGGCUUUCGCUGUGGAACACGCUUCCAUGUCGACAGUAGUGCUACAUGCUCAAGAUCAGCUAUUGGCUUUCUCAACCAACCUGCUUGAAAAAUGGAGACUCUGCCCUUUCUCUGCCAUUGACAUAUCCGCCGAGCCUGUGGUUCUUUCGCCUGAAAUACGGGAAGGACCCUGGAAUGUGUUGUGGCAACUUCUUAAAAAGCUCAUGUAUGCUGUCGUCGGGUCUGUACAACCUAUAAUCGGGCGUUGUCUGCUCGAUGCGCAUCUGAGGAAUGAUACGGUAGCACCGAAAGUUGCAUCGAAGAUACUGCAUACGCUACGCAACCUUUACUUUAUUUCUUCACGCGAAGGAUCCGAUGCCUUCCAGGUAUACACCUUCACGUACCUCACCUCCAUCGAUAUUAUCUCUAGGUACCCCCAAGCUUGCGCUGGAUUCCUGCAAGACACACAACCGAUAGUCCCACAAGCGAAUGCGCCGCCACUAACAACUCUGGACCAAUCUCUCACGCUAUUCUAUCUGAACUUGGCAGAGCAUUUACCGCUCUCUCUCCCUACACCUGCCGCCGAGAAUUUGAUUCUCAAUUCCGCAACAUCCCACUUGUCUCUAGCCAACUCGCCUAGAGGAAAUGCGUUGCCGCAAACAUCUCUAACUUUGCCCCUUUUCGAGGCGUCGCAUUCCGCAAUCCUCUCAGUCAUGUCGUGCCCACAGCACGCAGACCUGACCGUCUCCAUAUUACCAUUCUAUGUUGACAAUCUUCUCACUGCAUUUCCUACCCAUAUAUCUUCACGACAAUUCCGACUCGCUUUCAAAACGGUCAUGCAAAUCGUCUCCCCUCCGUUCCCGAUAUCCGCAACGCAUCCAGAGCUUUCGGAGAUUCUUCUGGAAACAUUACAUUAUCGCUCUGCAUCAGCGGGCGUGCUUCCUCUCCCAGCCGAACCUGCUCCAACCUCGCCGUCACCUUUAGCAUCACAACAGGCGCCGGUGGAUCAUGUUCAGCAACCACCUAUCUGCGAACAGACGACGCUAGUCCUCGCUCUUAUCGAUGCACUGCCAUUCUUGCCAUUACAUAUUGUUGACGAGUGGCUGUCACGGACUGCCGGCGCCAUGAACGCUGUGGCAGAUGCCAGUAUGCGCGAGGUGGCGAGGAAGAGGUUCUGGGAUGUAUUAGUCAGUGGUGAGAUGGACGUGGAAAGAGCGGCAAUCGGUGUUGCAUGGUGGGGCACUGGAGGCGGUCGUGAAAUGGUUCUUUUGAAUGCUGUAAGAAUGCAGAAAGAAAGGGGGAAGAGUACAUGA